CGCGACAACACGAACCCGCGUUUGCUUCCCAAGAUCCGUGCACCUCUAUAUCUACUGCACUGACGCACUCAUCGAGCUGAUCUCCGUGAGUCGGCUUCGCUUCGCUUCGCUUAGCUCUUUCCUCUCUCGCCGUAGCUUUCCAUCGGAGGGAUUCAAUCGCCGAGAGAUUCAGAUCGGGAAACAGUCGCCACCGCGAAGAUGAGGCGGGCCCGGGUCACUGUGGGACUGGCGCUAUUCUCCGUCGUCUUGGCUGUAAUCUCAUUCGCCCAGCAGCUGCGCGCGACCGGUGACAAGACGAUCUUGUUCGAGUCGUUCGAUGAGCCGUUUGAAGGGCGAUGGAUCGUCUCCGAGAAAGAUGAGUACAAAGGUGUCUGGAAGCACUCCAAGAGUGAGGGACAUGAGGAUUUUGGACUUCUCGUGAGUGAGAAGGCCAGGAAGUACGCAAUAGUCAGAGAGCUUGAGAAUGAAGCGGAUCUGAAGGAGGGUACCACCGUCCUUCAGUUCGAGACCCGCCUCCAGAACGGGCUUGAAUGUGGUGGUGCGUAUCUGAAGUAUCUCCGGCCACAGGAAGCUGGGUGGGUAGCUAAGGAGUUCGACAAUGACUCCCCGUAUUCCAUCAUGUUUGGACCCGACAAAUGCGGAGGGACGAACAAGGUUCACUUCAUCUUGAAGCAUAAGAACCCGAAGAGUGGGGAGUAUGUGGAGCACCACCUCAAGUUCCCACCUUCCGUUCCUUCUGAUAAGCUCACCCAUGUCUAUACCGCCAUUAUGAAACCGGACAACGAGCUGAGAAUUCUUGUUGAUGGCGAAGAGAAGAAGAAGGCGAAUUUCCUUUCAUCAGAAGACUUUGAGCCUGCCCUGAUUCCUGCCAAGACGAUUCCUGACCCAGAUGACAAGAAACCUGAGGAUUGGGAUGAGAGAUCUAAAAUUCCCGACGCCAAUGCUGUGAAGCCUGAUGACUGGGAUGAAGAUGCACCCAUGGAGAUUGAAGAUGUGGAUGCUGUGAAACCUGAAGGCUGGUUGGAUGAUGAGCCUGAAGAGAUUGAUGAGCCUGAGGCUAGCAAACCAGAAGAUUGGGACGAUGAGGAGGAUGGUGAGUGGGAAGCACCAAAAAUCCAGAACCCGAAGUGCGAGUCUGCACCUGGCUGUGGUGAAUGGAAGAGGCCCAUGAAGAGCAACCCUGCCUACAAGGGGAAAUGGCGUGCUCCUUUGAUUGACAACCCUAGCUACAAGGGUAUUUGGAAGCCUCAGGAGAUUGCCAACCCUGACUACUUUGAGCUGGAGAAGCCCGACUUCGAGCCCAUUGCUGCUGUCGGCAUUGAGAUCUGGACAAUGCAGGAUGGUAUAUUGUUCGACAACAUCUUGAUCGCUAAAGACGAGGCUGAAGCAGCAUUGCACAGAGAGGGACUGUGGAAGCCAAAGUUCGAUGCCGAGAAGGAGAAACAGAAGGCCGAGGAGGCUGCAGCUACUGGAUCAGAUGCUCUUGCUGGCAUCCAGAAGAAGGUAUUCGAUGUCCUUUACAAGGUGGCUGACAUCCCAUUCUUGAAGGAUCACAAGGACAAAAUCAUUGAACUCGUGGAGAAGGCAGAGAAGCAACCAAACCUAACGAUCGGCGUCCUCGUUUCCAUCGCCGUCGUGAUCCUCACCGUUUUCGUUAAGAUCAUUUUCGGCGGGAAGAAGGCAGUAAGUUCUUGAUCACGUUGCCUUCGCGUCUCGUUUUGUCUCGGCCUCGUGUAAUAACGAUUCGUGUAAUGCAGGCCAAGGUUGAGAAGAAGCCAGCACCUGCCGCAGCAGCCACCGAGGCUUCGAGCAAAGAAGAGAGCAGUGUGGAGAAGGAUGAGAGUACGUCGACGGCUGCACCUCGCCGGAGGACGACCAGACGCGAGUAAAUGCUUGUGAGGUUGAAAGAGGACGAAGGAGACGGAUGGCUGUUGUCUCUUUGGUAGGAUCGAGAUCUCUACUGGGUUUUUUUUCCUUUGUUGGCCAAAACUGCUACUGGGUUUUUUUUCCUUUGAUGGCUGUUGUCUCUUUGUGGGCGGGUGGAUGAUUCUUGGCACAGAGUGUAUUUGAAAAAGAAACAAAAAAGGUGACAAUUACCAUCUCUUAGAGGUUAUGGUAGUUAGCUACAGCUACUAUAAUAGCUAGUGUCAUUAGAUUGCUUUAGUAUUUUUCGAUGUACUAAGUUUUUUUUUUCUUUUAAUUUUUGACAGUAAAGGUUGUACUAAGUUUGCAGUUGCAUUUUUUAGGUGUCCUUUUCGUCCGUUGAACUGUUGAAGUCACACUAAUAUUUUAGGUAUAAUUUUGGAUACGUAUCUGAUAAUU